UGGGUGGGGGGGAUGGGCCGCCGGUAGGUGGACAGAUGGAGGGAUGAGAGGCCGAGGGAUGGACAGAUGGGCCCGAGGGGAGGAACAUAGACCCGGCCUUUCUCCACCAACCCCACCCCAAUCCCCCCUACCUGCCAGAUCUCCGCAGAUGGGGCCAGAGUUGCCUGCAUCCAGAUGGCCAGGCUGGGGGACCUUUGGGCUGCUGGUGGGAGGAUCUAGGACUGGUGCUGUAGGACUCAGCCCCCCAACCCUCUGAGAUUCGACCUGCUGAACUCUGACCUGUGGCACUGCCUUUUGCCCUGGUUGGUGGGAGGGGGGGAUGUUAGCAUUUCUUUGGCCUGGGAAGUAGGAGGGGUGAGGGUGCCUCAGGGCUGGGAGGAAUGUGUGUCCACGGCUGUGUGUGUGAAUCUGUGCCUAUCUGUAGACUCUGCCACUAUGGGUCAAUAUUUUGUGUGCAUUUGUAAGUGUGUAAAUCCCUUCUAGGGCUGUUGUGUGAGCAUGUGUCUAUUAUGAGUGAACAUCUUAGAGUGUCUGUGCAAAGGUGAAUCUUUUUGUGCCUGUGUGCUCGUUUGAGUAUGUAUCAGCCUUGUCAGUGUCUGUGUACGCUUGUGGUUCUGUGUACGUGUGUGAGGUGUGUAUCAGCUAGUGUGUGCAUUGGAGCAUCUGUUGGUAUAGGAAUGUAUCAGCUUUGUGACCGUGCAUCACAGGGAUAUGUGAAGUUGUAUGAGUGUGUUUGGGCAUUUAAGAGUGUGCACCUGUGUACCUUUGAUUGUGCAAGUGAGUAUCUGUUAUAUGUGUGUGCCCUCUGUUGGUGAGUGUGCAAGGGUAUGUCUGUUACAGGUGCAUGUCCCUAGUUGUCUGCAAGGGGGCACAUGGGUUUCUCUGUUGUAUGUGUGCAUCUGUGUGUGUGAAUGUGCAAGGGAAAGUCAGUGUUGUACAUGUGUGGUUGUGUGCAGGUGUGUCGACCUGGAGGGCAUGUGUCUGUCCAUGUUGUGAGUCCAUUUAGGUGUCAGUGUUGGUCUCUCAGGAGUGGGGUUGGGUAUGUUCAAACAUAGAUGAGCAGGGUGAUAUGCCCACACAUGUCUGUGUUCCCAGCACAAGGCUGACCCCGCUUCUGGGCCCAGUGAGAUUGAGGCCCAGACCUGUGGCAUGACAUGUGGUGUGCUGGGGUCCAUGGACACAAGUGUGUUCACGUCCCAGGCCAAGAGCCCAUGGAGGACGGGUGGCACGCAGAUCUUGCUGGCGUGUCCAUGGAAGUCCAGAUGCAGAGAUUGGGUCGUGGGCCCGUAAGGGUUUUGGCAUGACCACACGUGUUGGUGUGACAAUCGUGUGAUGGCGAGGAUGGGACCGCUUGGCUCUUCCCCAGCUCCUAGUACCACUCAGGUACUGGCCCAGGCCCUGACUCCCUGCAGAGAGAUGAAGAAACCGAGAUUCAGAGAGGUUCAGACAUUUGCCGGAGGUCACACAGCUAAUCUCACCUCCCCCUACUCCCGCCUUCCCCCUGCACCAUGGCUCCGGGCCCCUUCUCCUCCGCGCUCCUCUCGCCACCGCCCGCUGCCCUGCCCUUUCUGCUGCUCCUCUGGGCGGGGACAUCUCAUGGCCAGCCCUGCCCCGGCCGCUGCAUCUGCCAGAAUGUGGCGCCCACGCUGACCAUGCUGUGCGCCAAGACCGGCUUGCUCUUCGUGCCGCCGGCCAUCGACCGGCGCGUGGUGGAGCUGCGCCUCACCGACAACUUCAUCGCGGCCGUCCGCCGCCGGGACUUCGCCAACAUGACCAGCCUGGUGCACCUGACCCUCUCCCGGAACACCAUUGGCCAGGUGGCAGCCGGCGCCUUCGCCGACCUCCGCGCCCUGCGCGCACUGCACCUGGACAGCAACCGCCUGGCCGAAGUGCGCGGCGACCAGCUCCGCGGCUUGGGCAACCUCCGCCACCUGAUCCUUGGCAACAACCAGAUCCGCCGGGUGGAGUCGGCGGCCUUCGACGCCUUCUUGUCCACGGUGGAGGACCUGGACCUGUCCUACAACAACCUCGAGGCCCUGCCGUGGGAGGCCGUAGGCCAGAUGGUGAACCUCAACACCCUCACGCUGGACCACAAUCUCAUCGACCACAUCGCCGAAGGGACCUUCGUGCAGCUUCACAAACUGGUCCGCCUGGACAUGACCUCCAAUCGCCUCCAUAAACUGCCCCCUGAUGGGCUCUUCCUGAGGUCGCAGGGCACCGGGCCAAAACCGCCCACGCCGCUCACGGUCAGCUUUGGCGGCAACCCGCUGCAUUGCAACUGCGAGCUGCUCUGGCUGCGGCGGCUGACCAGAGAAGAUGACCUGGAGACGUGCGCCACCCCCGAGCACCUCACUGAUCGCUACUUCUGGUCCAUCCCCGAGGAGGAGUUCCUGUGUGAACCCCCGCUGAUCACGCGGCAGGCGGGGGGCCGGGCGCUGGUGGUGGAGGGCCAGGCGGUCAGCCUGCGGUGCCGCGCGGUGGGUGACCCCGAGCCGGUGGUGCAUUGGGUGGCCCCUGACGGGCGGCUGCUGGGGAACUCGAGCCGGACCCGGGUCCGGGGGGAUGGGACGCUGGAUGUAACUAUCACCACCUUGCGGGACAGCGGCACGUUCACUUGCAUUGCCUCCAAUGCCGCCGGGGAAGCCACGGCACCCGUGGAGGUGUGCGUGGUGCCUCUGCCGCUGAUGGCGCCCCCGCCGGCCGCCCCGCCGCCUCUCACCGAGCCUGGCUCCUCCGACAUCGCCACGCCCGGCCGACCUGGUGCCAACGAAUCGGCCGCUGAGCGGAGGCUCGUGGCAGCCGAGCUCACCUCAAACUCCGUGCUCAUCCGCUGGCCAGCCCAGAGGCCCGUGCCUGGCAUCCGCAUGUACCAGGUCCAGUACAACAGCUCCGCCGAUGACUCCCUCGUCUACAGGAUGAUCCCAUCCACCAGCCAGACCUUCCUGGUGAAUGAUCUGGCGGCGGGCCGCGCCUACGACCUGUGCGUGCUGGCUGUCUACGACGACGGGGCCACGGCGCUGCCGGCCACGCGGGUGGUGGGCUGCGUGCAGUUUACCACGGCUGGGGACCCGGCGCCCUGCCGCCCGCUGAGGGCCCAUUUCCUGGGCGGCACCAUGAUCAUCGCCAUCGGGGGCGUCAUCGUCGCCUCGGUCCUCGUCUUCAUCGUCCUGCUCAUGAUCCGCUACAAGGUCUACGGGGACGGCGACGGCCGCCGCGGCAAGGGCACCUCCCGGUCGGCGCCGCGGGUCAGCCACGUGUGCUCGCAGACCAACGGCGCAGGCGCGCCGCAGGCCCCGCCCCCGCCGGCGCAGGACCGCUACGAGGCGCUGCGCGAGGCGGCGCCCGCGGCUGCUGCGGCGGCGGCCGUCGAGGCCAAUGCCGCGGCGGCCGAGACGGAUUCCGCGGAGCCGGAGGCGGUCCUGGGACGCUCGCUGGGCGGCUCGGCCACCUCGCUGUGCCUGCUGCCGUCCGAGGAGACCUCGGGGGAGGAGUCUUGGGGCGCGGCGGGCCCUCGGAGGAGCCGAUCCGGGGCCCUGGCAGGGCCGCCAGCUUCGGCGCCCCCCACGCUAGCUCUGGUUCCCGGGGGGGCGCCGGCCCGGCCGAGGCCGCAGCAGCGCUAUUCGUUCGACGGGGACUACGGGGCGCUCUUCCAGAGCCACAGUUACCCGCGCCGCGCCCGGCGGACAAAGCGCCACCGGUCCACGCCGCAUCUGGACGGGGCCGGCGGGGGCGCGGCCGGGGAGGACGGAGACCUGGGGCUGGGCUCCGCCAGGGCGCGCCUGGCCUUCACCAGCACCGAGUGGAUGCUGGAGAGCACCGUGUGACGCCGGGCGGACGAGGGGCAGAGCGCAGCGCCCGGACGGCGGACGGCUCCUCCUGGAGGGGCGGGGCUGCCUCCGGCUGCGGCCCGAGGCCGCGCCCCGCGCCCGGGGGAUGGGGGCGCCGGCUCCCCUCCCCCGCGGACCCCCGCCCCUCCUGCCCCUCCCCCCGCGCGCUCGCGGACCUCGCUGGAGCCGGUGCCUUACACAGCGAAGCGCGGGGAGGGGCAGGGCCCCCCGACACUGCAGCACUGAGACACGAGCCCCCUCCCCCCGCCCGGACCCGGGGCAGGGGCGAGGGGCCCAUUUCUUGUAUCUGGCUGGACUAGAUCCUGUUCUGUCCCGCGGCGGCCUCCAAAGCCCCCAGCCCCGCCCCACUCACCUACCAGGUCCCGUCGGGCCUGGCUUGGGGUCCCCCUUUCUCUGUUCUCGUUUGUCUCUGUCCCCCACUCUGUCAUCCGUGUCUUCCGUGUCUGUCCUUCCCUAUUUGUCUCUCCUUUCUCCUGUCGUCUCUCCCUCUGCCCUCCCCUAUUUUGUCCAGUCUCCCUGUCUCUCCCCCCUACACAUUCUCCCGGGCAGGUGCCACUGGAAGGACCAGACUCCCCUAUUCCAUCCUCUUCCCCAAAUAAAUCCUCACAAGAACAAAAUCCAAAACCAAAUCCUCCUCCCUCGCGGAGCCGGGACCCUCCGCCGCAGCAGAAUUAAACUUUUUUCUGUGUCUGA